CUGCAUAUGCAGUUUUCAAUCUUUAGAUGUGUAAAUGGAAUCCCACAUCUUUAUCUGAUACCCUUCACUGUCAACACACAUCCAGGUCUUAUUGUUAUUCAUUCCCAUUGUCACAGCAUGGUGAUGACCUCUUUCUCUCCUCUCUCUCUCUUUUCUUCGCUCACUGACGGUGACAAGCUGUUGCUGUGUCCCUCUGGGUGACUCCCUCUCUUGUCUGUGCUCCUCUCUCCUCCCUCUCUCUCUCUCUCUCUCUCUCUCUCUCUCCCUCUCUCCACCUGUUGAUGCCAUUGUUGCUUAGCCAGCAUUGUGGUCUUUUUUUUUUUUUUUUACUCCACUCAUUUUACUCACCCCUCAUUUAUUCCUCACUUUUUUCAUCAGCAGUCACCCUUUCACUCACAGGAUAUAUAAGUGGACCGAAGAGAGAGGGCAGUUGAGAAACGCACACAGACACUCACUGACCAGCACACAUUUAAACCCAAGCACUUUCAAGAGGGCAAGGAAGUUUGCACAAACUCUUUUACUCGGGACCAAGACUUCUGUGAGACACUUCGGACAGCUUUAGUAUUGGAUCACAUCUGCUGGCAGGAGUGAUGUCUGUGUCUCUGUGGUGUGAGGAGGAAGAGGGCCAGCACAGGACUCAGUCUUCGGUCCGAGCCCCAUGGGACCCCAGCGCCUCCGGACUGAGGGUUAUUCAGAGACUUCUGCAGUCAGAGGAGAGAUACCUGCCGUCUCCUCUCUACAUCUCUCUCAUCCAGAGAGAACCACAGCGCAGAGAGGAACUGGCCAAGUGGACCAUGGAGGUGUGCUGUGAAUGUGACUGUGAUGAGUCAGUAUUUCCCCUGGCUGUCUCCCUGCUGGAUCUCUAUCUGUCGGCCUCUCUAUCCCUGCCUGUGUCUCCAUCCUGUCUGGCUGCAGCUUGUGUCCUGGUGGCCUCAAAACUGACAGAAAGUGACACAGUUAGUGCAGAUACGCUCUGUGCGGCAGCAGAGUACCACUUUCUCUCAUCAAACCUGCGGGAAAUGGAGCGUGUGGUGCUGGCGACUCUGCGGUGGGAUGUGGCAGCAGUGACCCCUCAGGACUUUAUCCCACACUUCCUGCGCGCUCUCGGGGAACUCAGGCACGGAGACGCGCAUACAGGAGACUUUGUCGCAACGCUGCGGCGCCACAGCGAUACACUUGUUGCCAUGUGUGUGUGUGACUCGCGCUUUCUGGGAACACCUCCGUCACUGGUGGCCGCGGCUACACUGAACUCUGCCCUGCGGGGGUUAAGGACCAAGAGUGCGGGAGAGCUGAGUGUCAUGACCUGUGCCCUGGCCACACUCUGUCAGACUGAUGUGGUGGUGCUGCAGUGCUGCACUGAGCUGAUAGAGGGCGCUCUCCGGGAGAGACUGAGGAACGGAGCUCAGGAGAAAGAUGAUGAUAAUAUUGAAGAGGAAAGAGCCAGCACACCCACAGACCUGAGAGAAAUAGACUUUUAAUACAGGGUUGAUUUAUGAAGGAUAUUUAUUCUGCGACUCACUUUUAUUUAUCAGUAAAACUGAUUUAAACACAAUGUGAUAUUUAUGUUUCGUCUUAUGUAACUAACUAAUUUAUAAUCAUUUUUAUUUAUUUGUUUGAGGGAUUGCGAUUUACUUGUGCCAUAUUUAUUAACUUCUGUUCCCAUAACUGUAAUUGUGACUUCUUAUGCAUUUCAGGUUUAUCCUUUUGACUUCAUGUAUUACAUUUAUACGUUUUAUGCUAUCGUGUUAUUUAUUGUGUGCACAUUUUUAUAUUUAAUUUAUUUUGUUUGUCAGUGUUUCAGCCUGUUUGUAAUCAAAGUGU